AUGCGUAUCCCAGUAUAUAACUGCAAGUCUGACACCGAAUCCCCGCCGAGCGUGAAUUACCCAGACGAUGUUGCAUUAUCAGUCACUUCGUUUCCAAACCUUGGCACAACGCAUGCAGUCAUGUACGGAUGUACACAACCCAUCAUCAAGUCAACUACCAGAUACCUGAAGGACUUUGGGGGACAAGCCAUUCAUCCUCUUGUCAUGCCCAUGAUAUUCGCCGAGAUAGAACGCGCCCGUCUGUUCGAUUUGCUCGAUAAAGAGAGAACCACGCUCGAGCAGCGCAUUCUGGAUCUGGAAACUAAACUUCGAGGCGAAGCUCAGAGUCCUACCUCCGAGAAGGCAGACCCUGAGCCCUUGUUGCGAAUGAGAGAUUGCGAGUCGACGAAACUUUGGAUGGAUGUCAACCGGCUGAAGAAUGGGCUCCAAAGUCUCAGAAUCCAGCUGCAAAACAUGAUAGAACAUUCAGAAAAUCUAGCCAUGACGUACUUCAAGCCUCCUGUUGAAGGUAAAGAUGGCAUUGAUAAAUAUGUCGAAGAGCGGAGAACAGGAAACAGGAUUGAGAUGAGACUACGCGAAAUGGUUGAUGAGUUCGGUAGCAAGAUUCGAACCUGCGAAGGCCUACUUGGCGGCAUGUCAUUAUCUGCUCAAAUGGAAUCAAAUUACUACACAAGACGCGAUGCCAAAGUAUCCAUCAUUAUCGCGAACGCUACGAAGAGAGAUGGCAGCCAGAUGAGAAGCAUCUCGCUGCUAGGGAUGAUAUUCCUGCCUGGGACCUUCCUUGCCUCGCUUUUCUCAAUGUCUUUCUUCAAUUGGACCCCUCCAGAUGGUGAUCAAAUCAUCUCGCCGUGGAUAGCCCUUUAUGGCGUUCUUGCUGUCGUGAUCACGUUGGUCACUGUCUGGAGGAUGAGAAAGUGGAUGGAGGCAGAAGAGAAGAAGGCCAAAGAACAAAUGAUGAGGGAGGUUAACAGCGAUGGCGACUCUAUUAACGAGUGCGAGUGCCUAGAGUGGAGGGCCCGGAUCAAAGGGGAGCUCGUUCCAGACUAUCCCGUGAUAAAGCCUUCAGUAUUUGAGCAGGAAUAG